AUGAGGUAUUUUUAUUUAAUCAAACAAUGGUUUUAUUCUAACUAUAUUAUUUUCUUAAAAUUAAUGUUACAGAAGCCUUCUAAAUCAUUUUCUCAGAUUAAUACUGAGAAUCCAGAAAAUUUUUCUGAAAACUAUCUAAGCAAAACAAGACAGGCCGAACCUUCUCAAUCAAAUAUUCCUAAUCAGAGCCUUUUUAGCAAGUCUGCAGAGAGAUUUAAUUUUUCUAUUUCUCCAAAAAAUAAAUCAACUGCAAGCCAAGUUAAAUCUCAGCGCUUGAUAUCAGACACGUCGCUAAAUAAUACUUUGCAGACAAUUAAUUGAGAUGAAGACUAUCCUAAAGCAAAUGCCUUGUCUUCUUUUUUUCAAGACCGCAUAGAGAAUGGAUAUUACCAUUCAAAACUGAAUACAAAUGUCCCAGAAUUUCAAACAGUAAAAUCACUUUUAUCGCAUAAACCAACCAUUGAUUUUGAUGACUCAGAACUAGCAAGAGGAUACAUAAGAAUACGUGAGUGAACAGAAUUUGAAGAGAUUGACGAAAAAUUUGACAAUUUCCCAAUGCUUGAAUUUCGAAAAGCCGUACUCCGCAUAAGAUGUGCAUUUGUUCAGCUUUGCAAUAAAAUUGUUACAAAUCCUAUAUUUGAUAUCUUAAUUUUAUGCUUUAUUUUUAUGAAUACAGUAGUGUUGGCCCUCGAAGACCCAAACAAAUCCGCUCAAUCUCCAUCCCUUGAAAUUCUUGAAGAUAUUUUUUUUUAUGUUUACACAACAGAAUUUGCAUUAAAAGUUAUUGCAUUUGGAUUUAUUUUUUGCAAAAAUGCAUAUCUCAGAGAUGCAUGAAAUGUUUUAGAUUUUUUUAUUCUCCUUACUGUUUAUAUUUCAAAAUUUUAUUCAAAUCAAGGCUUAAAUUUCAAUGCUCUGCGAAGCCUAAGAGUCCUCAGACCAUUAAAAAGUAUUUCAUCUCUAAAAGGUUUGAAAGUGCUUGUGUUAGCACUUUUAGGCUCUAUUGUCCCUUUAGCGAACAUAUUGAUAAUCCUAUUUUUUGUGCUUUUAUUAUACGCAAUAAUAGGAUAUCAACUAUUCGGAGGAUUAUUUAAAUACCAAUGUAUGGAUUUAGAAACAGGCAAAUAUAGUGAAAGCUUUAUAGAUGGCUAUUCAGUCUGCGGGACAAUGGCAUGCCCAUCAGGAAAUGUUUGUGUUCAAACUUUAGCAAAUCCUGAGUUCGGCUUUACAAAUUUUGAUAAUGUCUUAAUUGGGGUCCUACAAAGCUUUACAAUAGUAAAUCAAGAAGGCUGGGCUGAAAUAAUGGAAUAUGGGGAACGAACGCUUAACCAAUUUGCUGCAAUUCUGUAUUCUGUAUCUUUGAUGUUUUUUGGGAAUUUUUUGUUGCUGAAUAUGAUGGAAGUGAUUUUAUUUUCAAAUUUUUCAAAAGAAAUGGAAAAGGUUAGGCUGAAGCAUAAAUUAAAAGACAUAAAAGAAGAUGAAUCGGCAAAUUUAUCACUGUUAAAUUAUUUAAUAUCUCAAAGUGACUCUUUUGAAGAUGCUGAAGCUUCAGAGAAAUACGAAAAACAUAUAUCUAAUAAUGAGAACUCCUCACUGCAAUAUGAAAAUCAUGAAUGUAAGCUUAUAUCAAAAAAUUCAGACAAUACUGAUGAAAAAUUUGUAAAGUUAAACAAGAUAGGCCUAAAAAUGCAUGAUAUUUUUAAAAAGGCAGAAAUUGCUUCAAGAAAUAGAAAUACAAGCGAAAUGUAUGAAUUAAUUGAUUCUUCUGAAAACUUAUUUGAAAGUAGUCCAAUUUUCAAUAAGUAUGAGAUAACUGAUAGCCUGGGGUCAAUGACUUUAAGCAUGAGCAAGUUUAGACAAAAGCAGGAUUCCGCUCUUAUAAUUCAAGAGAAUAAAAGUUUUGAUUUGGUAGAUCAAAGCUCAUUAUCAUUAAAUAUCGAAGAAGAUUUCUUAAUAAAGUCACGUACCAAAAACGAUACUAUUUCUAUCCAAGAUAUCAAUAUUGAUACCAAAGAAAAAUUAGCAAAAAAGGCAUCAUUAAUAUCAAGGAUAACCACUGUAUUUAGCUCUAAUCUUAAACGCUCUGGCACCAAAAGUUCAUCAGAUAAGCUUCCACAAGUAGUUACAAGAAUAAAAAAUUUAAAAAUUCAGAAAGAUUUAAUAGGAAAACUAAAAAAACUUUCUGAGCAUACAAAGGUUAAAGCUUUUUUAGAAGAAAAUAAUGAAAUUAGCUCAAGCUCUAUAGAAGAUGUCCUGCAGGAUUUUAUUAUAGAAAAUGAAUUUGACAAGAUGCCAAAACUUCCAACUUAUAAAUUUGUAUAUAGAGGGAGCCAAAGUAUUUAUACUAACAUAGAAAAACUUACACAAAAAUGAGAAAAUGAGAUCGCAAACUUUUUGAAUAAAUACAAACAUAAAGGGGAUUUUUCUGAUAUUUUUAAAUAUUUGUGCAAAAAGCAAUCAAAAAGUAAAGCAUUUUAUAAAAUGACGAUUGAUGUCCCAAAAAUUAUAAAAUUUCUGAAGCAAAAUGAUUUAGAUAAAAAUAAUGUUAUAGGAGAUUGAUCAGGGUAUGAUAUUGAUAUAAACUCUGAGGCUAAUGAGUAUAGAGAAAAAAUUGAUAGCAUGGCAUUUAUGAUAUGGACACCAGGAUUUAUGGGAAACUGAGAAAAAUUUAAAUAUCCUCUAUUGGUAUUUAUAAAAAGUAAAUUUUUCAUUUAUUUUAUGAUUAUUUGCAUUAUAUUUAAUACUACAGUAUUGUCGAUAAACUAUUAUGGGAUCGAUGAAAAUCUUGACAACACACUUUCAGAAAUCAAUUCAAUGUUUACAAUAAUCUUUAUUGCAGAAAUGGCAAUAAAAAUUAUUGCAAUGGGGCUAGUAGGAUAUUGCCGUGAAAAAAUGAAUUUGUUUGAUGGGGCGAUUUCUAUCUUGGCAUUUAUUGAGUUUAUUUAUAUAUCUGGCUCAAAAUCUGCAUUUAGUGCUAUAUGAGCAAUCCGCGUAUUUAGAAUUUUCAGGGUAACCAGAGUUGUUAAAUUAUUCAGGUACAUGGAAACAAUGAACCACAUUAUGGAUAAAUUAUCCCACAAUGUUUCUAUGUUUUUUUAUAUCAUCAUUUUCCAAGGUCUCUUUUUAAUUAUUUUUACAAUACUUGGUGUUCAGCUAUUUGCAGGAAAAAUGGAAUUUUAUGAGGCACAUAUUGGCUAUAACUUUAAUGAUCUUUAUUUUUCAUUUCUUUCGAUUUUCCAAAUCAUGACAGGGGCUAAUUGGAAUUAUCAAGAACUUUAUUCAAUGAGAACUGACUAUAGCUAUAGUGGCGUUCUUUUUCCAGUGAUUUGGCUUAUUGUUGGGCAUGAAAUUUUAUUAAGUAUUGCUUUAGCUUUAGUUCUUGACAUAUUUUCUAAUGAAGAUAAUGAUUUUAAUUCAGAAGCUAAUUCAACUAGAUUAUCUCACAAAACAUCUAUUUCUUCCCAAAAACAAAAAAUUCGACAAAAGAUACAGCCUAGCAUUAAAAAGAACUUUGAAGAAAAUGAAAAUGAUGAAGCUGGCAAGUCAUUAGAAGACUUGAAAAAUAGUAGCAUAAAUAGAAAAAGCAUGAUUUAUUUUGCUGAAAUUGAAUGUAGCAGAAGUUUUUGAAUUUUUUCAAAAGAAAAUAAAUUGAGAAAGUUUUGUUAUCGUUUGUCAAAUCAUCAUGCAUUUGAAGUCUGUGCUUUGAUCGUGAUAGCAUUAAGCACUGCAAAGCUAAUAUGGGAUACUUAUUUAUUUGAUGUGGACCCCAACAAUAUCAAAAUAACCAUAUCAAAUAAUUUAGACAUUGCUUUUACUUGCAUUUUUGGACUUGAGAUGGCUAUAAAAUCUAUAUCUAUGGGGUUUGUUAUUUCUAAGGGGUCAUAUUUAAGAAAUCAUUGAUGUCAAUUGGAUUUUGCCAUUGUUAUAUUAUCGAUCACAGACUUGGCUUUAACAGAUUUUUCCUGGCCAAUGAUAAAAGUUUUGAGAUUGCUAACUCCCCCUCACAAAAAAAAUUUUUGUUCGCUCAUGGAGGGGGGUUAAUUUAUUUUUUUUUUUAAAAAACAAUUCAUAUCAGAAAAUUGUUUUUUCCGAAAUUUAAAAAAAAAUCCCACUUCUAUAAAAAAUUGGAAAGCAAAUAUUAAUUUAAUUUGUAAAAUGCAUGUUUUAAAAACGCAAUUUGUUUAAAAUUAAACAGAAUUAACUCGAGAUUUCGUUAUACUAAUUAUCACUUAUAUAUCAAAUUUUUUUUCCAUAAAAAAUUUUUCUAUUAAAACAAUUUUUUGUUCGCUCACGGAGGGCGGGCUUCGAGAGCAAAAAAUAGGGAUUUUUCUAAUGGUUUUGUUCGCUCACGGAGGGGGGAGUAAGAAUCUUGCGUCCUUUAAGAAUAAUCACACACAAUGUCCAAAUGAAAAUUAUGAUAAAUGCUUUAAUUGAGUCCUUAAUAGGGGUUCUCAAUGUAGCAAGCGCAAUUCUAAUUCUUUGAUUAAUUUUUUCGAUUUUAGGUGUUUCUCUAUUCGCUGGAAAGCUUUAUUUUUGUUCGUUUUCUUGAAUAUUUACUCAAGAAAAAUGUGAAGAAAUGGGCUACACUUGGGAUUUAUAUUUCUUUAAUUUUGACAACGUCUUUGAAGCUAUGGUUGCAUCAUUUAUACUGACGUCUGAAGAUGAUUGAUCAGAUUACAUGUAUUUAACUUGUGCAACAACUAAGCCUGGCCAUGCACUUUAUCCUAACAAUAACCCUAACGCAGCUUAUUAUUUUGUUAUUCACAUGUGCAUGUGUUCAAUUUUUUUUAUAAACUUACUCAUUGGAGUUGUCUUUGAAAAAUUUAUUGAAGCUAAGCAGCAUGAGAGUUCAUUAGGAUCGCUUCUUUUAACAAAAGAGCAAAUGAUAUGGGUUGAGAUCCAAUCUUUAAUAACACAGUCAAAGCCUGAAAUUGAUACUAUAAAUAAACCGCAAAAUAAAAUCCGACUAAUUUUUUAUAAAUUCCAAAGCAAUUGAAUUUUUGAAGCAUUUAUAAUUACAUGCAUCAUCCUCAAUUUUAUAUUAAUGUGCUUGUAUUAUGAUCAAGCUCCGCAAAAAUAUCAGGAUUUUCUUGAGCUUUUUAACAUGAGCUUUACCUUCAUUUUUAUUUCUGAAGCGGCUAUCAAAAUAAUUGCGCUUGGAAAAUCUUACUUUAAAGAUAGAUGAAAUCGCUUUGAUUUUUUUGUAGUCAUUGUUUCUAUUUUGGAUUUUUUCCUCUCUGGUAUGAUUCCUCAAGAAGGUUCAGUAUUGGCAACGGUGCCACAAUUAGUCAGAGCAUUAAGAGUGCUACGAGUCACAAAAAUUAUUCGCCUUAUAAAAAAAUUCAAGACUAUGCAAGAUUUGAUUACUCUGCUUUCCUACUCAAUUCCAUCAAUACUUAAUGUAUCUGCCAUUUUACUAUUGAUUUUUGUGAUUUAUGCCAUCUUAGGUGUGUAUUUAUUUCACUCAAUAGAUAAUGGAACAAAUUUCGAUUCUUACAAUAAUAUGAACAAUUUCGAUAAAGCGUUAUCAUUAUAUUACUUAUAGAAAAGUUACUAUAAUCAUGAAGUAUUGCAUCCAUCAGUAAUACCUCCUUCGUGCACGACCUCAAAAAUGCUGCUCUGCCUAAAAAGGCCUUCACUUGCUCCCCAGUAAUUGGAUAAGUAGCUUGCAAAACAAAAGAUAUCUACCAUGGAAAAUUCAAAUGGUUUAAUUUUUCUGAUCAACUGGCCAAAAAUAGAAAUCCGAAAUCCAAAGCUUCAAAUUGAGAAAAGGUCCGAUUGGUCAGGAAACAUACCGGUGGCUCUGCUGGGAGAUCCCUUUUCAACUCUCGGCUCCGUUCUUCUUUGGGGCAAAAUCUACAUCAUGAAGGAGCAUGCGGUCGCUAACCCUACAUUGCUCUUCACCAAAAUAGGAAAAAUAUGUCUGGAUACACUUUCCCGAACUCUAUCCUCCUUUCCUCGAGGGUCCCUACGCCACCUUGGCAUGCUAGCUACAUAAGUUAAGAGGGUGGGUCGAUUCGUCACUCCAUUAUAAUAUAUGUAUGAUUUCGAUAAAGCGCUUUUAAAGCUUUUCAUCCAUGCUACUGGAGAAGGUUGGGCAAUGUCAAUGGAUGAUUGUGCAAAAUCCUCUGCAGGAAAGGCAGUUUCUUACAUAUAUUGAAUAUCUUUUAUUUCAUUGACCACGUUUAUUAUGCUGAAUUUAUUUGUUAUGGUGAUUCUUCAAGAUUAUGAAGAUUUUACAAAUGACGCUCAAAGUGGCGUUAUUAUGUUUAAUAAAGAUGUAAAAAAAUUCAAAAAAGUCUGAGCAACAUAUACAGAGUCGACUCAGGGAAAGAAAAUACACUAUAAAUUUUUAGUCGAUUUUAUGUAUGCACUUGGGAAUGACUUGGGUGUAUCUGAUCAAUAUACCUACGGAAAAGUCAUUAAGCUACUAUUGAUAAUGCAAAUAGAUAUAGAUUUUGAGGGUUACAUAUAUUUUCUUUUAGGUCACUUCCUCUUGCAAAGAUUCUUUAGUACAAUUUAUUCAAAUUUUUUUCCUAUUAACUCCCCUUCUGUGAGUGAACAAAAAUUUCAUUCGGGGUUAAUUAUUUAAAGAAUAAAUUUUAUUUUAUAAAUUUAAAAAAUCCCAAUAUUGGAAAGUAAAAAUUAAAUAAUUUGUAAAAUCUAUACUUUAAAAAACGCAAUUCAACAGAAUUACUAGAGAUUUCAUUAUACUAAAUAUCACUAAUAUAUCAAAUAUUUUUUUUUUAUACUAAUUUUGUUAUUUAAAAAAUUUUUUGUUCGUUCAUGGAAGGGCAGUAAGGCAUAAGGGCUUUUAGAGCAAAUGCCUGACGAGAAAAAGUUUCUAUCAAAUGGGCUGCUAGGAAAAAUCACUUGCUACGGAGUUUUUUGAGGGUUUUGUAUACUAUAAUGAUAUGUUAUUUGCUGUAAUGAAAAGAAAAUAUUCAAAAUUCCUCAAAAGGGAUAUUGAUAUUGACUCUCAAAAGUUAUUGAGGAAAGAAGAGCUAAAAACGUCGAAGAAGCUACAAAAAUUAAAACAAAAAACAAAUUCAACAGAAAAUAAGGGAAAACUAACUCAGAAGGAUCAGAACAAUGGCAAACAAAAAAAUAAUUUGAUUAUGUCAAUGAUAUACGCAAGAACAGUGUUCAGAAGCUGAGCAAAUUGGAUUAAAAGGAGAAAAAAUAAAAAUUACGGGUCAAUUAGUGUGACACCACAAUUUUCUGAGAUUGAAUUUCCAGGUGAAAACUCAGUUGCAUCUGAAGACCAAAUAAAUACAUAG